GAGGGAAAUUAAAAUUAUUAGAGCAUUAAUUUCCUUAUUAGAGAAUGGUGGGAGAUAUAUUUUGUGAAGUUUUCUAGAAUGUUGAUUACUGUAGGGAGACUUGCUCUGAUCUUUCUUUUAGCAACGAUGAUUGAUAAUGGUUUUUCGGGUUACAUUGCCAAGCAAGUCAAAGAAGAAGUCGGACAGAUUACGUCCCCGAUGAAAAACUGCACCCUUGGGAUCGAUAUAAGGGCCAGGGAAAUUCUAAUAUGGCCAUCUGGUUUUGAGAUUAAACUUCAAUCAAACAGUGUUUUUGUCGUCAAGUUUUGGGCAAAGGAAAAAGACAAAUCUUUUCAAUUUUUAUGUUCAGAUGGCGAAAACGUUUCAGCGAGCUUACCACCAGUGAACUAUACUUCUAUAAACAAUUCUUGUUCAGAAUCUAAAGAACCGGUGCAGAAUGAUGUGGAAUACUUGAUCAAUGAUAACUCUACAGUUCGAAUACGGUUUAUGGACACCAGCUUCACAAACUGCGAUUUUUUUUACGAAAUAAAUGAAGGUAGUGAAGCUUUGACGUUUAGCUUGCAAGCUCAAACAAAAUCGGAAGACCUCAUUAGUUUGUACUGUGGAGAAUCGCUAAGAAAAUUUCUGAAUCCAGAGUCGAUUUCACCUAAGUCAACGGUAACAUCAUCAAGGGGAACAUCAUCAGAAACGACUACAGCAUCAAACUUUGUAACAGAAAAAUUAUCAUCAGAGAAACCGACAACAACAAAUAAAACGCCAAAUGUUCCGGUACAAACAACCACGGAAAGGCCGGCAACGGAGAAAGUAGUGAUCAUAACAAGCGGUAAUGUGACAACUGAACCCGAAUUGAUACCUGAAAAAGGCACAACAAUGAAACUUACAACAACCCAAAGCACAAUGAAACCCUCAAUUACCAAAACCACAACGAAACCCUCAGAUAUCAAAACCACAGAAGAAACCAAAAGAACAAAGAAACCUACAACUACCCAAACCACAAUGAAAUCUACAACAGCCCAAACCACAAUGAAAUCCUCAACAGCCCAAACUAGAAUGAAAUCUACAACAACCAAAACCACAAUGAAAUCUACAACAACCAAAACCACAAUGAAAUCUACAACAACCAAAACCACAAUGAAAUCUACAACAACCAAAACCACAAUGAAACCUGCCACAACUCAAACCGCAACAGCCGAACAAAAUACAGUAACAACAUCAAAUGGAACUAUAUCAAUCCAUAGUAAUAAUCUAUCGAAAGCUAAAAUAUCUACCUCUCCCGCUACCAGCAGCUCAACCUCCUCUUACCGGUUUUCUCCACACCAGUUACAGCACACAUAGUUCCUUAUACUUCUUCUCCAGACAAAGAGGCAUUUUGUUUAUCAACCUAGUUUGUAAGUGACCAGGGUCAACUCACGAUGCGUUCAUGUUUUCAAACUCCGCACUGAAAACCCAUAUGGAAACAAGAGUUGACGGUUGGCCCACAGCAAAUCAAGGGUUGUUGUUGAACGGGCUCUUUGUGUUUGCAAAUCCAGAUUUAGGUGCAUACAUAAAUCUGGAGGGAUGCUUUUAUUUACACCUGCCAAAAGUGUUCAAAUAAUCACAGCUGUGUUCAAGCUGCACAACCUGUGUAUGGACAUCAAGCUGCCAGUAGAUGACAUGGAGCUCAAUUUCCAUCCAGAUCAGGGGGUUCCUGAGCCUGGAGCAAAUGCUGACACUGCUGGACAGACUGUCCGACAAAGGCUCAUCCAGAGAUUUGCUAUAUAAUUAGUUUAUUUUAUUUACAGUCUACUUGCCAGAAAAAAAAAUGACAAGAUU